AUGUGAAUCGAAUUUGGCAGAAUAAUAAUAAGCUCGACAUUUUUUCUCACACAUUUCUCUCGAAAGUAUGAUUUCUAUAGAUUAAAUUUCAUCUCAUAGAUAUCGAAAGCAAUUACUGUUUUAAUCAUGAUAAAAUAAUUUAAAAUUCAAUGGGAGUGACACUGGAUAAGUAUGCAAAUGCUCUUGUAAAAAAACUUCAUACGAGAACAUUGACCAAAGAGUAUUAGUAUUUAAUAAAUGCCUUUCUAAAUGCUAUUCUAACAAAUUUUGAUUAGAAUAUGUAGAGUAUAAUGCUAAUGGUAAUGUUCUACUAAUCAAUGGCCUAAGAUGACAUAAAGAUUGAAUGAUUAUAAAAAAAUAAUAAGUACAGAGUGAAGAAGCAGAUGAGACUGAAUAUGCUGGAGAAAAUAUAUACAGCAAAUCUGAAUAUAUCAACAAGUGCACAUGCAAUAUGAUCACGUAUGCAUAACAACUAACAUCUAUCCAUGUGAAUCAAAUUUGGCAUAAUAGGGGUAAAUUCGACAUUAUUUUUCACACAUUUAUCUCGGAAAAAUAGAUCUCUGUAGAUUUAAUUUCAUCUCAUAGAUAUCGAAAGCAAUUACUAUUUAAAUUAUGAUAAAAUAAUUUUAUAUACAAUGGGAGGAGUAACACUGGAUAAGUAUGUACCCUAUAUAAUAGAUGUACGUAAUUAUCCAAAAAAACAAACAAACUCUUACUUAUAUAUACUGGUCACCUUCUUCUUGAACGAAGAGAAGAAAAGCCCUCGAGAAAAGGUGCAAUGGGGCGUGUAAUGGCGGAACCUCCGAAUCUCAUGCUGCAAGCAAGAGAACUCCUUGCGACUCCAAGCCACGAACUGUUAGAGAGUCUCGUCAACCAUCUCUCAACGCGUCAAGAAACCACCGAAUAUCAAACUGCGAUGGCUCUGUUCAAAUUCUGCACCGUUAACUUCGCCAACAGCUUAACCCUAAAGCUUCUGCAGAUGUAUCGCUCUUCUUCCGACGCCCUCCUCAGAUCCAAAUCGAUCGUUGUCCUUUCCCAAACCCUGGCCGCUUAUAAAUCCCGCAGGUUCGAACUAUCUCUCGUGGCUCUCAACGAGAUCAAACCCCUUGUGAUCUCUUGCCUUAGGAUGCAAGAAACCGAAAUCAAACUCUUCAGAAGAGUCGUCUCUUUCAUCGCUCACGACGUUGUGAUGCUUGAUAACGGCGGGUGGGACGAGCUCAGCGAUUGUAUCGUCGAGCUCUCGAGUGCCCAACCUCUAAAGGCUUUGCAUGUCUUCGUGGACUUGCCUCCAGUGUACGGGAGAUUCAUGUACAGUUGUUUCGGGAAGAUUGCUGAGAGAGCAGAGAAGGUGUUGCUUAUGCCUGAUCAAGAUAGAGUUGAAGAUUGGAGUUUAGGUUUACAAGCUGUUGUGAAACUUGGGAUUCAAGUCUUGGAUUUCGAGCUGAGAUUCGAUAUGGUGAAGGGUCUUCUUACACUUCUUGUCAAGGCAGCGAGUGAUCUUGUGGACAAGGGUAUGGAAGAGUUUUUGAUACGAGGGCUUGCGGAUCUCGAGAUGUUCUUGUCACGAGACAAGAAGUUGUAUAAUUACAAUAAGGAGCAAUGUGAUUUUGUGUCUUGUUUCUUGUACAAGAUCAAAGACUUGGGACCACUAACCAAACAGGCUACAGGGAAGAUCCAUCGUUUGGUUAAGUCUACCCCAUCUCUCGUCGUACAAAAGCAACAAGGUCAUGCAGCAUGUUCUGAACGUGAAUGGCUUGAUCGUCUGAACAACUUACAGCCACUUGAGAUGUUAAGAAUCUUUGCGUCCACUGAUGUUGAAGAGAGGUUCAGAGAAUUGGCAAUCAGACGGCUCAACGUGGUACUCUCUGAUCGCGUUUCAAGAGAAAAGUCAGCCGACAUGAAAGAGCUUCAGCCACUGCUCAUCUCUUGCCUUUCGAGUAAAGAAAGAAUCUCUGAGAGCAUGUUCAAAGUCCUUGGUGAGGUUGUCUACCAUGUUGCCUUUGAGAUGACCAACUUCCAUUUCGAGACAUGGUACGAUCUUUCCGACUGUAUUGCAUCGACCAGCGAAACGGAGUUCGAGAGAGCGGUUUAUAUCUUUCAGUGCUUAACAAUGUGGCUUGAUGAUGAGUUUAUGGUUCCUAUAGUGAAGUUUCUUCUCCCAGAGAUAAACAAAAGGCUCAACCCACCGAGAGAGGUGUUGGUGGAUAACAGUUGCUGGGUCUUGGCGUUUUUGGGUGCCUUCUGUGUCAUCAUUCAAUUGGUAGAGAUGGAAACUUCUGCUGUGGAGGAGAUUGCAGAUAAGAUGGUAGAUUCAGUGAGAGAGCUUGUGGAAAGAAAAAUGGAAGUUGGGCUUGUGAGGAGAGCUUUCAGAGAUUUGGAAAGCAUUGUGAAGAAGCAAAAGGAUUGGUUUGGUGAUAACGAAUACAAGUUGACCAAGUCUCUGCUUCUUAGACUCUACCUAAUCAAAGGCAUGACAAUGGACAGCAAGAUGGUGUUGUGGAGAAUCAACGUGUUUGUGGAGAGAGGAAUGGCUGACCUGGCUGAAGUGGAACCAGACGGUGAUAUUGAUUGACCUGUGGCCGCUUAAGGGUUGUAUAAUCUGAUGGUUUGUCUGAUAUUCUAUAGAUGGACGUCAAUUUCAUUCUUUAAUUAUCUCUUUGGCUUUGUUCUAUCAACGUGUUUUUUCUCUCUGUUUGAUCAUUGCUUUCUUGAUCAUAUCUCGAGUUUUAAAGAAAAAAGCAAUCUCUCGAGUUGAAAAAUCACUUUAGUUCGAUAAAAUUUAUUUGUUGAGUUUGUUUAUGUCUCUGUUUAACAAUCUGAUACUGCUGCCAAGAUCCAUCACCAGUGGUUGAUGGGCAUGAUUAAUGUGUCUUUUAAGUAAGUAGUUUAUCACUACUAUAAAAGGUGUGUAAGGAUUAGAGAAACACUUAAUCUAGGGAUUGGAUUAUUCAUGUUAAUGUGAGGUGACAUACUCCAAUAUCUCUCAGUUUGUAAACAAUUUUCUAACUCAAUAGAAUUGUUGUACUCUCUAGUUACGAGACAUAUCAAAUAGUGUAACAGAGUGAGGCUGCGUCAUGGGCAUUAUGGAGCUUUCAAAUAUGUGGUUUCAUUUUUCACAAGGACUUUUCAAUGUUUUUUCGAUAUUUUGGUGUGAAGAAUGAACCAAUGCCUUAGUCAUUACUCUUGCUGGUAUUUGUCACAUUUUCCAUGUUUCCUUUCCGUUGUUGCAGCUGCUUUGAUCCUUUUCUUUCUAUACUUUUUGCACAUAAGACAACGAAAACAAAAGUGCAUGAGAUCUCAAAGAGGUUAGGGCUCAAGGUGGACUGCUAACUAAAAAUGAGCUAGCCAUUCAGGGAACAUCAAUAGUGGUAAAAGGCAAUGAGGGAUAUACAUAAGCUGGAAGUAUAAAAAGUCACUAUUAAGUUGGGUGAACUCCUACAAGUCCGCUUUGAAGUUGGGACAAUCGACGGUUUCUUCAGUCAUCUUGAGUAAGUUCGCAGUUUGCACAAUCUGUUUCAAAGAUGAUCGAAUGAAUAUUCCUCUCUCUUAGCAUGUCAUAGUCCAAAGGAGAGUUUCGAUCUCUGCAUGUGACGACGAUAUGCUUUUCUGGCAUCCCUUCCAACCAAACAUAUUCUCACCCAUGUUGUCCCUUAGACAUCAUCAAAGUCCAUUGACUAGUCCAAUAUCAAGCCAAAAUGCGUUUUGGCAAGUCGGUAUUGGAGAUGUAGCGGGAGAGAUGUAUGUUCUUCCUCCUGAACCUAACACUACACAUUUUCCACCACUUUUGUGAUUGGCAAUUGUCAAUUCUUUUUUCUUCAAAGGAUACAAGUUGGAGGAUAUCCAUCUAUAAUUUUUCUUUCCGUUAAGUUAAAUUAAAAAAAAAAUCAUUUUUAGCCUUUCAAAUAUGUAAUUAAGUACAUAUUCUUGACGACCAACUGUCUACUUUUAGAAAACAAGAAAUUGAUGCAUUCAGGAAGUACGCCGAAAGAGAUGUAAUGCUCUUUUUAAAUAACCAUAUUAUUUAUUAUUACUUGAAAUUUUUACAAUGCAAUGUAUCCUAACACUAAUCAUAUCUUUGCUUAGUCAGUUAGUCUAUGAGAACUUUCUUCCAAAUGCUAUUGCUUGUAAUAUCCUUCCAUCCGCUUUUUUAAGGUUUGAACUUUGAGAUGAUUUCCGGGUCGCCCGGUUGGGUGUUCAACUCCUUGAGUCAGUGUUCGACGUGGCGGCUAUGGUUUGGUCAUCCUUGCUUCCAGUCAUCGUAACGUAUAGUGUUGGUUAUUUUCCUCUUCCUAGCUCCAAACGGUUAAGAUAAAAUAUGCUUCUUUGUGAUAUUGUGGAAAAGAAAGAAAGACAUUAGAACUAGAAGAUCAAAACAGAGUUUAUUGAUGCAUUAAUGCAUACAACGUAUUUGGUACAAAUCCUAGUUAUAGUUGUUUGAUUCCUAUAAAAGUGGUAUCAAAUGUCUAGGCUCAUUUUUUAGAGUUUUAACAUCUUACUAGAUUUUUUAACCGCGCUACGCGCGGAUAAGAUAUUAUAUGUAUUUCACAAUUCUAAAAAAUAAUGUAUAAUAUUGUAUUAUAUUAUUUAAAGAAUAUAAAAUAAGACUACAUAACAUAAAUAUAUUUUUUAUUUUUUCUUUGUGAAAAUCAUUAUGUUGUUU